AGAAGCCACCUUUCACGGAAGACCCGCACACGGUGUGACCGUAUAAAAGCUGGCACGUCGUGCAGAAUCCUUUAUUCACACAAAACAUUUCAAACAAGCAAGGUCCAUCUGUGGAUACCAAGUGAUCUGGAUUUCUUUUUUAUUGGAAUUGUGUCAAAAGUGAUUUGUGAUUCAAUUGGACUUAUUUGCGGAUUAAGGACAUUGUGUCAUCCUUGAAUUUUUUUAUCAGUGCAAAGUAAUAAACACAGAAAAAUGCUGCGAUUUGUUUGUCUUCUUGUAUGUGUUGCCAAUGCUUUUGGUGAUAUUGGAGCUGGAAGGAAUCAGUAUUUGCCACCGGAGAAAGGCUACAACUAUGACAAGCCCAAUUUGCCCUUCCCAUCUGGACAGAAUCCCACGCAGGUGCCCUUCCCACGACCUCCAAUACAGCCACAGCAGCCCCGUCCACCAGCUCCUCCGCGACCAUACCAGCCACCAGCUGAAGAUCACCACCAUCAUGAGCCAGGAAUGCCCUUCGAAUUCUCCUACGCCGUCAACGACGUCCCAACCCAGAAUGACUAUUCACACAAGGCCGUGAGCGACGGAGACGUGACCCGAGGGGAAUACCGUGUUGCUAUGCCCGAUGGUCGAGUCCAAGUAGUCCGAUACACAGCCGACUGGAAGAAUGGUUACAAUGCUGAAGUCACGUACGAAGGUACCCCAACCUAUCCCUCAGGCCCCUACGGACAGGCGAGCAACGACCAAGGCUACAGAUACUAGAACAAGAGAAUUUCGAGAGAAUUAUUAAGCUGUGCUAAUAAAUGUAAUGAUUGUAGAUGUUAAUUUAGUUGCCGAUGAUACUCAAGACAAGUAUUACUAAAUGAGAAUUUGAAUGUCUCAAUGACAAACCCUUUAAUUUUGUGCUCUUAUACGCUAUUGUACAGAAUGAUUUCUUACUUCUUUAAUUAUGUGUAAUUUAUAGAAAUACAAUUUGAAACAAUAAAUGAAGAUUUCAUUGAA